CUCCCUCUUCCCCGCCCCGCCCUGUUGCUCAAGAGCCCUCUCUCUCCCUCGGAUUUCCCGCAGCGGUCCGGACUUGGAGCUCGUUUUUACUAGAGAGAUGGCGGUCACGGCAAGCAAGUCUUUGCUCCUUCUGUCCCAGAGCGGCAGAGCGCUGUCAUCCGGCUUCUCCGCCUUGGGCGUCACUAGGCACAGGCACCACCAGCACCACAGAACGGCCAGCCCCACUCUGUCCUUCGCCCAUCACCCAGUCAGACGACUCCAUGGCCUGCGUUCAGAAGGCAGAUCUGCACUCAUCAAAAGCACCAAUUCCCCUCUUCCGGUGUGGCAGAGCCAGAGGCUGCUGAGUUCUACUGCGCUGCCCCCGGAAGAGGUGAGCGUGGUGUAUCAGAACGGCCUGCCUGUGAUCUCGGUCAGCCUGCCCUCUCGACGGGAGCGGUGCCAGUUCACCCUCAAGCCCAUCUCUGACUCCGUGGGCGUCUUCCUUGAGCAGCUGCAGGCCGAGGACAGGGGCAUCGACCGGGUCGCCAUCUACUCUGCAGAUGGGACUCGAGUGGCCUCCUCCACAGGCAUUGAUAUCCUCCUCUUGGACGACUUCAAGCUGGUCAUCAACGACACCACGCACCACGUGAGGCCGCCCAAGAGAGAUCACCUCGCUCACGAGGAUGCACAGACCCUCGGUGAUGUCAAGAUGUUAGUCCAGCAGCUCUACACUACGCUGCGGAUUGAGGAGCAUCAGCUACACAAAGAGCGGCAGCUGAUAGGCAGGCUGGAGAACCUCAACUCCCAGAUCCUCCCCUUCGAGAAGUUGAAGGAAGAGCUGAGUCGGAAAGCAGAGAAGAGGGCCACCUGGGUGAUGUGGGGCGGCAUGGCCUACAUGGCGACCCAGUUUGGGAUCCUGGCCCGGCUCACCUGGUGGGAGUACUCCUGGGACAUCAUGGAGCCCGUCACCUACUUCAUCACCUAUGGCAGCUCAAUGGCUAUGUACGCCUACUUCGUCCUCACACGGCAGGAGUACAUCUACCCAGACGCGAGGGACCGACAGUAUCUGCUCUUUUUUCAUAAAGGAGCAAAAAAGAACCGCUUCGACAUUGAGAAAUACAACCAGCUCAAGGAUGCAAUUGCAGAGGCUGAACUGGACCUGAAACGACUGAGGGACCCUCUUCAGCUCCAGCUACCUAUCCAGCAAAUCAGCGGCAAGAAGGAUUGAUGAGCUGAACAACCCCCCCCCCCCCCCCCCCCCCAAAUCUUCCCC